CCUGCACACUGUCGGUACUGUACAGUGUACAGCAGAUUAGCAUUUCUUUCUUCCACCAAUUGACUUCACUGUUGUGGUGUUGGGAGUGCUGCUUCUGUGCGCUAUGGGCGGGAACGAGCAAGUCGUUCGAAUAAUGCAGUGAAUACCGCAAGCAAUUGAACAUGUCAGGUCAACGUAAAACAAAAAAUGACGGAAGAAAUUUCCACACUGCAAGAAAUUUUAUUAAGCAGAAAAUACUGCAUUCGUACGUCCCACACGAAUAUUAUGAAGCUGCUCACAAACAGGUAGCCGAUUUGUUCAAGAGAACUGUGGAAACGGGUGACAGCGAUUCACUGUUGUUGGUUGGGCCCAGAGGCAGCGGGAAAUCAAAUUUAGUGCAUACCGUUAUAAAGGAGCUCCUAGAAAAACCAUCAUUUACAGGAGCAACGUUGAUGGUGGAACUCAAUGGUUUUAUUCACUCGGAUGAACGACUUUCACUGAAGGAUAUUACCAGACAACUUCAUGCGGAAUCGUUGGUUGGAAACAGAGAAUUUAGAUCAGCUGCAGAUAACCUCUCUUUCUUGCUGGAGAGUUUGAAGUCUGGGAAUAAAAGAUCAAAAUCUGUCAUAUUUGUAAUUGAUGAGUUUGAUUUGUUUUGCAAUCGAGAAAAUCAGUCAUUAAUAUACAGCCUCUUUGAUGUUGCACAGGCAGCACAUACUCCUCUUUGUCUCCUUGGUAUUACAUCUUAUUAUCAUGUUUUGGAUUUGCUGGAGGAACGAGUCAAAUCUCGUUUCUCAAGACGACAACUAUUACUUCAUGGUGCAGGUGGUCCAGAUGGUUUGAAAUCGCGUUACAGGCAUCUGCAGCAACUUCUGUAUUUGCCACAACGUCUGUGUCUAUUGGACAUCCAAUCAUCUUUCCUAGAGCAGUGGAACUCGAAUCUAGCAAAGAUUUGUGAGGACAGAAGAGUACAGGACAUUAUUUUUCAACAGCAUCAGACAGACACAAGCGAUAGCUAUUUCCGUAACUUUUUGUUCCAGGUUAUCUCCAGAUUAUCAGUUGAAAAGCCAAUGCUUCAAGUAUCAGAUUUUGUGGAGAUUUACGAAAAAGACAUGGAAGAUUCAAAGAUGAACAUGCUGAAUGGGUUAUCUGUCUUGGAACUAUGUCUGGUGAUUGCCAUGAAACAUUUCACAGAAAUAUAUAAUGGAGAACCUUUCAAUUUUGAACUUAUUCUACGAUCCUAUUUAAGAUUUGUCCGUCAGAAUUCAUCCAUUUUAGUCACACAGAGAUCCGUUAUUCUUAAAGCAUUCCAGCAUUUGAAGGUCAUGGAAUUUAUCAAGCUUUUGGAAGGUGAAGAUGAAGAAGAGUACAAUGAACUUUCCAUUGGGAGGCAAAAGCAAGACGAAUUUAAAAUGUACAGGUUAAUGAUAACAGACGAUCAAAUUGAUGCUGCCAUCAGGGCCUACCCUAACCUACCAACUGAAGUGUCUCAGUGGGCCUGUAGUAGUUUACAGUAAAGAAGAAGAAAAUGUGAGACAGCAAAUAGCAAAUAAAUAAGCGUUGGUACCACUUUUUAAAAAUUAAAUAAUGUUCUUAGUAACAUGAGGAUGUCUAUACAAUGUUACUGAUAUUCUUCUUUAAUUCAGAGGAAUGGUGUAAAAUUUUAAUCUCUGUUUGUAUCAAACAAAUAUUUAUAAGACAAUAAAUAAUAAUG